AUGGUGGUUGUGAUAACAAGUGAUGUUCAUGACAGUGGUGAUGAUGUUGAUGACAGCAAUGAUGACGGUGGUGGUGAUGAUGAUGGUGGAGAUGGUGGUUGUAACAAUAGUGAUGUUCAUGACAAUGGUGAUGAUGUUGAUGACAGCGAUGAUGACGGUGGUGGUGAUGACCAUGAUGGUGGUGAUGGUGGUUGUGAUAACAAUAGUGAUGUUCAUGACAGUGGUGAUGAUGUUGAUGACAGCGAUGAUGACGGUGGUGAUGAUGAUGAUAUUUAUGAGCACGAUGAUAUCAUGUGGAUGAUGACAGCCGUAAUUAACAGAGUGAGCAUACUGUCCACCUUCCUGGCCCCCUUCAAGUACCUGAGUCCCGGCACCACAAACACGGAGGAUGAAGACACGCUAAGUACCAGCAGUGCAGAGGUGAAGGAGAACCGGGACGUGGGCAACGUGGCCAACCUGGGCGCCAGGCCGCUUUCCGCAGGAGACCGAGCCCGCGCCGCACCAGGCCUGAAAAGGAAACGGCCCCUGGAGGAGGGGAACGGGGCCCACUUGUGCAAGCUCCAGCUCAUCUGGAAGAAGCUCUCGUGGUCCGUGACGCCUAAGAACGCACUGGUCCAGCUGCACGAGCUGAAGCCAGGCCUGCAGUACCGGACAGUGUCGCAGACUGGCCCGGUGCACGCCCCGGUCUUCGCCGUGGCCGUGGAGGUGAACGGGCUCACGUUCGAGGGCACCGGCCCUACCAAGAAGAAGGCCAAGAUGCGCGCGGCCGAGCUGGCACUGCGGUCCUUUGUGCAGUUCCCCAACGCCUGCCAGGCGCACCUGGCCCUGGGCGGCUGCCCUAGCCCCAGCACCGACUUCACCUCUGACCAGGCCGACUUCCCGGACACGCUUUUCAAGGAGUUUGAGCCGUCGGCACCGCGCCAGGGCCUGCCAGGCCGGCCCGGGGACGCGGAGCUGCUGUCUUCCGCCUACCGGAGGGGGCGGCUUCUGCGCCGUGCACUGGACCUCGUGGGCCCCACUCCCAGUCCCACCGGCGAGCGCAAUCCGGUGGUGCUGCUGAACCAGCUGCGCGCGGGCCUGCGCUACGUGUGCCUGGCAGAGCCGGCCGAGCCCCGCGCGCGCAGCUUCGUCAUGGCUGUGAGCGUGGAUGGCAGGACGUUCGAGGGCUCAGGCCGCAGCAAGAAGGUGGCCAAGGGCCAGGCCGCGCAGGCUGCCCUGCAGGCGCUCUUCGACAUCCAGCUGCCUGGCCACAACCCUAGCAGAAGUAAAGGUCACCUCUUGCCACAGGAAUUUGCUGACUCCGUGUCCCAGAUGGUCAUGCAGAAGUUCCGUGAGGUGACGCUCGCCCUGACGCCUGUGCACGCCCGCCACAAAGCAUUGGCAGGAAUUGUCAUGACCAGAGGCCUGGAUGCGCGGCAGGCACAGGUCAUUGUCCUGUCCUCGGGCACCAAGUGCAUCAGCGGUGAGCACCUCAGUGACCAGGGGCUGGUGGUCAAUGACUGCCACGCAGAGGUGGUGGCCCGGAGGGCGUUCCUGCACUUCCUCUAUGCACAGCUGGAGCUGCACCUCAGCAAGCGGCGAGAGGACGCAGAACGCUCCAUCUUCGUGCGGCUGAAGGAGGGAGGCUACCGGCUGCGGGACACUGUCCUCUUCCACCUCUAUGUCAGCACCUCCCCCUGCGGAGACGCAAGGCUGCACUCGCCCUAUGAGAUCACCACAAACUUGAGCAGCAGCAAACACAUCAUCCGGAAGUUCCGUGGGCAUCUGCGCACCAAGAUUGAGUCUGGGGAAGGGACGGUCCCCGUGCGGGGCCCCAGUGCAGUCCAGACCUGGGACGGCGUCCUGCUAGGCGAGCCACUGGUUACCAUGUCCUGCACGGACAAGAUCGCCAGGUGGAAUGUACUGGGGCUGCAGGGUGCACUCCUCUCGCACUUCGUGGAACCUGUGUACCUGCACAGUGUGGUUGUGGGCAGCCUGCACCACACAGGACACCUCUCCCGGGUCAUGAGCCACCGGACAGAGGACCUCGGUCAGCUGCCAGCCUCCUACCGACACAACCGGCCUCUGCUCAGUGGCGUGAGUGAGGCCGAGGCGCGCCAGCCAGGGAAGUCUCCCCACUUCAGCGUGAACUGGGUUGUGGGCAGCGCAGACCUGGAGAUCGUUAAUGCCACCACCGGGAGGAGGAGCUGCGGGGGCUCAUCACGGCUCUGCAAACACGUUUUCUCUGCGCGGUGGGCACAGCUGUAUGGCAGGCUGAGCACGCGGACACCAACCCACGGAGACACACCGUCCAUGUACUGUGAGGCCAAGCUGGGGGCGCACACCUACCAGUCUGUCAAACAGCAGCUGUUCAAGGCCUUUCAGAAAGCAGGUCUGGGCACCUGGGUGAGGAAGCCGCCAGAGCAGGAGCAGUUUCUACUGACUCUCUAA